GAAAUUUGUAUCGUAUUUGUGCUAUGUCAUGUUCUAUAUACUUGGCUUAGGCCCACGAAGGAUCUAUGGAAUGUAAACUAAUUCAAUUCUAUGCCGCACCAAGUUCUUGCAAAGCAAAGUAGGGGUUCUAUCAUGGCUGAUUUCGACGCAAUCUACGAGGAAGAAGAGGAACAUGAAGGAACUUUGGAAGAAACAUAUGUCACAUUGGUUCCCGAUCCCGUUGUUGUUAGAGGCGCAGGCAACAUGACUGUAUUUGGUCUUAGUAAUAGAUUUGAUGCUGAAUUUCCAAAUGAUUUGGUUUCUCGUGUUGCUCCCGAGGAGUACAAAGCAACAGUGAUGCGUGUGAACAGCGUUCUUAAGAAAACUCUACCAGUGAAUGUGAAGUGGCUCUUCUGUGGCUGUGUUUGUUGCUGCUGCACGCUUGGCUGUUCCCUGUGGCCUGUCAUCUGUCUCAGCAAGAGGACGCAGCACUCAAUAGAUAAGCUGUUGGAGUGGGAAAACAGUCAUCUGUACCACACGCUGGGAUUACAUUGGCGACUUGCAAAGCAGCGGUGUGACUCUUCCUCCAUGAUGGAAUAUGUCCUCCUUAUCGAGUUCAUUCCGAAGAUUCCAAUCUACAGGCCUGACUAAGCACAUCUCAACGUGCUGACUACUGCUACAGCAUCUUGUACAAUGCAAAGUGCACCUCAGUGAAUGUCUUGCUCGUGGGCCAUUCACACACAGCACGCAUAGCAAUUGUGAUAUAUUGGUGACAGAUUGACUUAAUAUGAUGUGGCAUGCAUACAUGUUACUACCGAAAGUAUUAUACAUAUUGCUACAUUUAGAGAACACCACUGCUUCAUGUUGUAUUGUGCAUGCUAAUGUAAAGUAGCGCCCCAGUGUGGCUUUUAACUUUGUUAUUAAUACAUCUUUUUAUUUUGCAAAACACGAAGUUUUGUUUUAAGCUGGAAUAUAUUUUAUUGUAGCCUGACUUUCUAAAACACGUGUUUCUGUCUGUGUAUACUGGAAAACUCACAAAACAUAAUUUGGUUGUUUGACUUCAUUUACAAGUGAUUAAAUUUUAGUGAAUGGUUCGUAGUUACGAAGUGGAGCUGAUAUGUUUAUUUUCAAGAGGAUUUUGAAUUGAGGUUGAGUGGAUGACUGUAUCUUGCCCAGGGUGACACUCCUUUCCGUAUGUGCCAGAAGAAUGUUGCAUAAACCAUUUUGUGGUUAGACAGUUUUUAAUCAUUUGAAGUUAAUUAAAAAUAAAUACUUGGCACUUCAUAAAGGUGAUAUUUAAUUGACAUGCUCUGUACUUUAAUUGUCAAAGAAUGUUAGUUGUUACAGCCAGUUGCAUUGUUAGCUGUUUUAAUUAAUUCUUACUGUGGAUUUUGUAAAAACACUGGCCAGUGUAAAGACUUAGUUCUGUUACUAAUCAGAAUAGUAUGGUUAGUGAUUAAGUUCUUAUUGCUUUCAAUAAUAAGUGGACUUACUGCCAAGUAACAUAACUUCAGUGACACUAACAUUUUCAAAAAGCCAUGGAAUAAAUUACUGUUACUUACUGAA